CUGAUGGAGAACAGGACAGAAGUGACAGAGUUCAUCCUGCUGGGACUGAUCUCUGACCCAGGUCUGCAACUUCCCCUCUUUCUGACAUUCCUACUCAUCUACACCAUCACUCUGGUUGGGAACCUGGGGAUGAUCCUGUUGAUUGUCUUGGACUCCCGUCUCCACACUCCCAUGUACUUCUUCCUUGGCAACCUGUCUCUGAUGGACUUCUGCUACUCCUCAACUGUCACUCCCACUGUCAUGGCUGGGCUUCUUGUAAGAGACAAGGUCAUUUCCUACAAUGCUUGUGCUGCUCAGAUGUUCUUUUUUGGAGCCUUUGGUACUGUGGAAAAUUACCUCCUGAGCUCAAUGGCCUAUGAUCGCUAUGCAGCAGUGUGCAAGCCCCUGCACUACACCACCACCAUGACGACCAGGCUGUGUCUGUUUCUGGCCAUAGGAUCCUACGUCUGUGGUUUUCUGACUGCCUCCAUCCACAUUGGGGAUACUUUCAGCCUCACCUUCUGCAAGUCCAAUGUCGUCCACCAUUUUUUCUGUGAUAUUCCAGCAGUCAUGGUUCUCUCUUGCUCUGACAGACAUGUUAGUGAGCUGGUUCUUGUUUAUGUUGCCAGCUUUAAUGUCUUUUUUGCCCUCCUAGUUAUCUUAAUAUCCUACAUGUUUAUUUUUAUCACCAUCCUAAAGAUGCACACAGCCAAGGGACCUCAGAAGGCUCUGUCCACCUGUGCCUCCCACUUCAUUGCUGUCUCCAUUUUCUAUGGGACAGUCAUCUUCAUGUAUUUACAGCCCAGCUCCAGCCACUCCAUGGACACAGACAAAGUCAUAUCUGUGUUCUACACUAUGGUCAUCCCCAUGCUGAACCCUGUGGUCUACAGCCUGAGGAAUCAGGAGGUCAAGACUGCAUUCUUAAAGGUCAAGAGUGCAUUUAUUCAUUGGAAGCAAAAUAGCCUUUAG